AUGUCGCAAACCGCCACUGAGGCGCGAUCUGAGGCGCAGCACCAAGGGCACUUCACCCCCGAGGCCUACGAACUCGGCCGUCUGAGUUCCAGCCGUGGACGCGCACUCGGAAACUCGUCGCCGAAGAAGGACGGGCCCGAAGAACAUCAAUCGUCAGAUGUUCCCGACGACACCCCGCCACCGACUGCCCACGGAGCUAUCGAACGAUGGAACUCGCCAAGGGGUAACAUGGGAAGGCUGGGGUUCGCCUUCUUCUCGUUUGUCAUUGCCGGUAUGAACGAUGCUGCAGUUGGUGCCUUGAUUCCCUAUCUUGAAACAUACUACGAACUAAGCUACACCAUUGUCUCGCUCAUCUUUCUGACCCCCUUUGCCGGGUACUCGGUUGCGGCAUUCACCAACGCCAGGAUCCAUCAGAGAUUUGGCCAAAGAGGCGUGGCUAUCAUGGCUCCUCUGUGUCACAUCAUCACCUAUGUCGUCCUGUCCCUGCAUCCUCCUUACCCAGCGCUCAUUGUGGUCAACAUGAUCAGCGGCUUUGGUAACGGGCUGACUGAUGCGUGCUUCUGCGCUUGGAUUGGCGCCAUGGAUAAGGCGAACACAAUCCAGGGGUUCCUGCACUCCUUCUAUUCCGUAGGAGCCCUCAUUUCCCCGCUGAUCGCCACCUCGAUGGUUGUCACUGCCAAGAUGCCAUGGUACAACUACUACUAUGUCAUGGUCGGUGCGUCUGUCCUCGAACUCGUUGGCCUCACCGUGUCCUUCUGGCAAAAGACGGGUGCCGUGUACCGCGCAGAACACGCACACGAGAACGAGGGGAGUGGAGGUGCGGGCACCAGAACUGCACUCAAAUCCAAAGUCACCUGGCUUUGCUCCUUGUUUUUCUUCGCAUACAUGGGUGUCGAAGUCGGUCUCGGUGGUUGGAUCGUCACAUUCAUGUUGCGUGUGCGCAAGGCAUCCGCCUACGCGUCUGGUCUGUCAGCAACUGGCUUCUGGGCAGGCCAGGCUCUGGGACGAGCUACCUUGGGGUUCGUGACCGAGCGGUACGGAGAAAGGCUUUGCAUCAGCAUCUAUAUCACUAUCUGCCUCGCUCUUCAGCUUCUCUUCUGGCUCGUCCCGCAAUUCAUCGUUUCGGCCAUCGCUGUGGCUUUCCUCGGCUUUUUCCUUGGGCCGAUGUUCCCCGGGGCUGUCAUGAUGACGGCUAGGCUGCUUCCGAAGCACACUCAUGUCAGUGCUAUUGGAUUUGCUAUGGCCAUUGGCGGUACCGGCGGAACGGUCUUUCCUUUCAUCAUCGGCGCGAUUGCGACAAGUAAAGGUGUCUCUGUACUGCAGCCCAUCAUUCUAUCGCUCAUCGUCGUGGUAGCUAUUGUGUGGCUCUGCUUCCCGCGGAUCAAGAAGCGGGAUGAGAAUGUUGUUUCUGAUAUUUAA